GACAGCCGUGCCGAGAUGAACCCCAGCGCCCCCAGCUACCCCAUAGCCUCGCUCUACGUGGGGGACCUACACCCCGACGUGACCGAGGCGAUGCUCUAUGAGAAGUUCAGCCCGGCAGGGCCCAUCCUCUCCAUCCGGGUCUGCAGGGACAUGAUCACCUGCCGCUCCUUGGGCUACACGUAUGUGAACUUCCAGCAGCCGGCAGAUGCGGAGCGUGCUUUGGACACCAUGAAUUUUGACGUUAUAAAGGGCAAGCCAGUACGCAUUAUGUGGUCUCAGCGUGAUCUAUCACUUCGCAGAAGUGGAGUGGGCAACAUAUUCAUUAAAAAUUUGGACAAAUCCAUUGAUAAUAAAGCACUGUAUGAUACAUUUUCUGCUUUUGGUAACAUCCUUUCAUGUAAGGUGGUUUGUGAUGAAAAUGGUUCCAAGGGUUAUGGAUUUGUGCAUUUUGAGACACAAGAAGCAGCUGAAAGAGCUAUUGAAAAAACGAAUGGGAUGCUUCUAAAUGAUCGCAAAGUAUUUGUUGGACAAUUUAAGUCUCGUAAGGAACGAGAAGCAGAACUCGGAGCUAGGGCAAAAGAGUUCACCAAUGUUUACAUCAAGAAUUUUGGAGAAGACAUGGAUGAUGAGCGCCUUAAGGAUCUCUUUGGCAAGUUUGGACCUGCCUUAAGUGUGAAAGUAAUGACUGAUGAGAGUGGAAAAUCCAAAGGUUUUGGAUUUGUAAGCUUUGAAAGGCAUGAAGAUGCACAGAAAGCUGUGGAUGAGAUGAACGGAAAGGAGCUCAAUGGAAAACAAAUUUACGUUGGUCGAGCCCAGAAAAAAGUGGAACGACAGACAGAACUUAAGCGCAAAUUUGAACAGAUGAAGCAAGAUAGGAUCACCAGAUACCAGGGUGUUAACCUUUAUGUGAAAAAUCUUGAUGAUGGUAUUGAUGAUGAACGUCUCCGGAAAGAGUUUUCUCCGUUCGGUACAAUCACUAGUGCAAAGGUUAUGAUGGAGGGUGGUCACAGCAAAGGGUUUGGAUUUGUGUGUUUCUCCUCCCCAGAAGAAGCCACUAAAGCAGUCACAGAAAUGAAUGGUAGAAUUGUGGCCACCAAGCCACUGUAUAUAGCUUUAGCUGAGCGCAAAGAAGAGCGCCAGGCUCACCUCACUAACCAGUAUAUUCAGAGAAUAGCAAGUGUAAGAGCUGUGCCCAACCCUGUAAUCAACCCCUACCAGCCAGCACCUCCUUCAGGUUACUUCAUGGCAGCUAUCCCACAGACUCAGAACCGUGCUGCAUACUAUCCUCCUAGCCAAAUUGCUCAACUAAGACCAAGUCCUCGCUGGACUGCUCAGGGUGCCAGACCUCAUCCAUUCCAAAAUAUGCCCGGUGCUAUCCGCCCAGCCGCUUCUAGACCACCAUUAAAUACUAUGAGACCAGCUUCUUCACAGGUUCCACGAGUCAUGUCGACACAGCGUGUUGCUAACACAUCAACACAGACAAUGGGUCCACGUCCUACAGCUGCUGCAGCUGCAGCUACUCCUGCUGUUCGCACCGUUCCACAGUAUAAAUACGCUGCAGGAGUUCGCAAUCCUCAACAACUUCCUGUUGGGAGGCAGUGGCAGGAGACUGGAGGACAGGAGGGUGACUUCCAGGGAAUAAAGAGGAAUGGGGAUUUCCACACAAAGGCUGAGAAUUCUAGGAAUCCAGAGAAACUCAAGAGACCCACCUCAGCGAUGGCCGCAAGAGAAGAAGCCUCUGAACCCUCCUCUCUGAAAAGGAGGACGCCUAAAAGCAGAACCCACAGGGGCACGCCCCUAGACAUAGGCAGCCUACCAGAGGGCCAGGACCUAGCUCCACCCACCAAUAGGCGGCACCCACCUUUCCCGCCACGAAGUCUGCGCAAGCCUCUAGACCCGCCUCUAGACCUGUUAUCAGAAGGCAGACGCCUGCAGCAAGCCAGACCCCAGGAACCAGUUCUGCCUGCCAGUAGUCUGGCACCAACCCCAGGAUCUGGCUUCACCUCCCAGUGGGUGGGCCACAGCCCCAGAGUCUUUGGGACCCUGACUCUGCCCACCAGCGAGCCAGCGUUAACCCUGGGGUCCCCUAGGAUUCUGCAACCAGCCAACUCUUGA